CGCCCAUUCGACUGCUCGGAGUGCGGCAAGAGCUUCAAGACAGCACAGGACCUGAAGGCCCACCGGCGGGUGCAUACGGGCGAGAGGCCCUUCGGCUGCUCCGACUGCGGCGAGAGCUUCAAGAUGACGAAUCACCUGAAGGCCCACCGGCGGGUGCACACGGGCGAGAAGCCCUAUGGCUGCUCCACCUGCGGCAAGAGCUUUACCCGGUUGUCGGGGCUACGCCGGCACCGGCGGGUACACAGCGGGGAGCGGCCCUUCACCUGCUCCGAAUGUGGCAAAGGCUUCAAAUCAUCACCGGAAGUGAAGGUGCACAGGCACCUGCACACCGGGGAGCGGCCCUACACCUGCAGCGACUGCGGCAAGGGCUUCAUCCGCUCCGCAAAGCUGCUGGAGCACCAGCGCACCCACACCGGUGAGCGCCCCUAAACCUGCGCCCCGUGCGGCAAGGGCUUCACCCACUCCUGCAGGCUCUUGGAGCAGCAGCACAUCCCCACCGACAAGCGCCCCUUGACCUGCGCCGAGUGCGGCAAGGGCUUCACCUGCUCCACCAAGCUGCUGUCCCUGCAGAGGGUGCACGCCGCUUCCCCAGCUCGGUGUGUGGAGAACGCUUUGCCAUGGCCUUCUAUGCCCUGUCACAACACCGCGUGCACACCAGUGGCCAGCCCUACGACUGCCCGUACUGCGGUGAGGCGUUUGGCAGCUCGCGGGGUUCCGGCAGCACCGGCAGGCUCAUGCUCCCAUUGCAGCAAGCAUUUCAAGAGCGCACGAGGGCUGCGGGAGCACCAGUGGUAAAUACCGGAGAGAAACCCUUUGUGUGCGCUGAGUGUGGCAAGGGUUUCACCCACAUGUCCAGCCUGUGGCAGCACCGGCGUACCUACUGCAGUGAGCGUCCCAUCCCGUGCCCAUCCUGGGUAGGAGGUUCACCCGCAUUGACCGGCUGCUGAAAUCCACAAUGGCCAGCGCAAAUUCACCUGCCCUCUCUGUGGCAAGGCCUUUGACCGCUCCUCCAGCCUGCUGGCACACCGCAGCUUGGAUAGGCAUAAAAUGCUGGAAGGAAUGUGUAACGUCCCUCUUAUUCAAGUCCUGGAGCCUGUCCCGUUGAGUUACGCCAGCAUUUUGUGACUUUUUUG